AUGGCCCGACCAGCUGAUACAGCAGCAUUGCUUGCGCCUUCAGCAGCGGACGCCGAAGACACGAAGGUGCCAGCAUCUUCAUCUACGUGUUCAGCUCCUGUCGCCAAAAAACGACGCGUAGAGAAACGCGAGCGGCUGCGUAAGAGUGCUCUGUGCAAGCACUUCGACAAACCUGGCGGCUGUCCAUUCCCCAACUGCAAAUUCGCCCACGGCCGAGCGGAGGUGAAUGAUAGCAGCACGCACUCGGUGGCGGCCCAGCGGCGACUCAUUCGGGAGCAGUCAAUUCGUCGGGCAGAGGAGCAAUUCCUGGCGACAGACGCAGGCAUCGUCACCCCCAAACGCAGAGGAACAAUGAUUGAGCGCUACUACACCGAGAUGUUCGCUUGCGACACGAUGGGUAAGCCCAUGGAGGAUCAGUACGUGCACAUGCACUCCAACCGUCUGUGUGUAUUGGGCGUGGCCGAAUCCCAUCCGGUCAUGCAGGAAGAGCUGGUGAGUGUCGAGUUCACGCAGAACGUGCUGCAGAGCCGCGUGACAGGCAAGAAAAAGAAAGGUGGUCAAUUCAUGCUGCCGAACACAGUGCUCUGCGUUCUCAAAUGCAAGAGUGGCCAUGAAUUUAAGCUGUACAGCUGCAUGCGCGGUGCGCUGAUCGAGGUUAACGAACGUUUGCAGAAGGAACCGGAGCUGUUGAAGCAGAAGAAUCAAUCGGAUGGAUACCUUGCCAUCAUUCAGCCGAAAAAGGUGGAGGUAUCAGAGAUCCAGCAGUCACUGCUUUCGAAGGAAGACUGA